AUGGCAGCACGAGCUGGUAAAGUGCAGAAGGUUAUGGUUCAACCUAUUAACCUGAUAUUCAGGUACCUACAAAACAGAUCUCGUAUUCAAAUUUGGCUCUAUGAAGAUGUUACGCAUCGGAUUGAGGGAUAUAUCAUUGGCUUUGACGAAUAUAUGAAUGUCGUUUUGGAUGAAGCCGAAGAAGUGAAUAUCAAAACGAAUAAUCGAAACAAAGUCGGAAGAAUUUUAUUGAAGGGCGACAACAUCACCUUAAUUCAAAGUGUUAAUUGA